AUGCUUCCCAGCUGGCCUUUGCCGGAGUUUGACCCAAGUCAGAUCCGACUGAUCGUGUACCAGGACUGCGAGAGGAGAGGACGGAAUGUCUUAUUUGACUCCAGCGCUAAAAGGAAAAUAGAGGAUGUUUCGGUGUCGAAACUCUGCAGCGAUGCUCAGGUGCGAGUGUUCGGCAAAUGCUGCCAACUGAAGCCUGGAGGAGACAGCUCUUCCUCCUUGGAUAGUUCAAUCAAUUCAUCCUCCUCAUUCUCUGAUCCAAAAGAGCAAUGCCCAAAAUACCAGGGUUCUCGGUGUUCCUCAGAUGCUAACAUGCUUGGAGAGAUGAUGUUUGGCUCUGUGGCCAUGAGCUACAAGGGCUCCACGCUGAAAAUUCACCAGAUCCGCUCACCUCCUCAGCUCAUGCUCAGCAAGGUUUUCACAGCUCGCACUGGAAGCAGCAUCUAUGGAAGUCUGAAUACGUUGCAGGACAGUCUUGAGUUCAUUAAUCAAGACAGCAAUACAUUAAAGCCUGACCACAGUACAAUUAUGAAUGGACUUCUUGGGAAUAUAGGUCUUUCCCAGCUUUGCAGCCCCAGGCGGGCGUUCUCAGAGCAAGGUCCGCUCCGCCUGAUCCGGAGCGCCUCUUUCUUUGCAGUUCAUAGCAACCCUAUGGAUAUGCCUGGGAGGGAGCAGAACGAGGACAGAGACAGCGGGAUAGCAAGAUCUGCAUCUCUGAGCAGUCUGCUCAUCACUCCGUUUCCAUCUCCGGGCUCUUCGUUUAACAAAAGCUGUGCUAGCAGUUACCAGCGGCGUUGGCGUCGCAGCCAGACUACCAGCUUGGAGAAUGGGGUCUUCCCUCGAUGGUCUAUGGAUGAAAGCUUUAACUUGUCAGAUGACAGCUCUGGUCCUAGCCCGGGAAUUGUUAGGAAGAAGAAGAUAGCAAUUGGGGUUAUUUUUUCCCUCUCAAGAGAUGAAGAUGAAAACAACAAAUUUAAUGAGUUCUUCUUCUCACACUUCCCUCUUUUUGAGAGUCACAUGAACAAGCUGAAGAGUGCAAUAGAACAGGCUAUGAAAAUGAGUCGCCGAUCAGCCGAUGCCAGCCAGCGGAGUUUGGCGUAUAACAGGAUUGUUGAUGCCCUGAAUGAAUUCAGAACAACUAUUUGCAAUCUCUACACGAUGCCGCGGAUCGGGGAGCCUGUCUGGCUUACGAUGAUGUCGGGGACACCGGAAAAGAACCAGCUUUGCCAUCGCUUCAUGAAGGAAUUCACUUUCUUGAUGGAAAAUGCUUCUAAAAACCAGUUUUUACCAGCUUUGCUGACUGCUGUCCUGACUAACCACUUGGCCUGGGUCCCCACCGUCAUGCCCAACGGCCAGCCGCCCAUCAGAAUCUUCCUGGAGAAGCAUUCUUCCCAGAGCGUGGACAUGCUGGCCAAAACUCAUCCCUACAACCCGCUGUGGGCACAGCUCGGUGACCUGUAUGGGGCUAUCGGAUCGCCUGUGAGAUUAGCAAAAACAGUCGUGGUUGGCAAAAGGCAUGACCUGGUACAGAGGUUGCUUUAUUUCCUUACUUACUUCAUCAGAUGCUCUGAACUUCAAGAGACGCAUCUGCUAGAAAAUGGGGAAGAUGAAGCCAUUGUCAUGCCUGGAACUGUUAUAACAACCACGCUGGAGAAAGGAGAAGUAGAAGAAUCUGAGUAUGUGCUUGUCACGAUGCACAGGAACAGGGGAAACCUGCUACCAACGGAGUCUGAAGAGACAAGAACUCCCAACUGCAGCUGUAAAUACUGCAAGUGCCCCAUCUCCCUUGCACAGAACAUAGAAGGUGUUUCACAGCAGGAGAGAGAAGACGCACAAAACACUCCUAAGGUAGAGCUGGAAACUUCCUCGGAUGAGAACAGAACUAUUGUUCCUGACGACUGCCAGGAGGAUGCUGUUGAUGUGAAGCAGCCGCGGCCCUGCCUGGACACAAAACUGGAGACCGUGGUGUGCGCAGGGUCAGCUUCACCGGAGAAGCGUGUAGGGCCGGAAUGUGGUCUGGAGCCAGGGGCAGACGUGUGGAGGAAGGACGAGCCGCUGGAGCCGGGCAGCCAGGCGGUGGGCGGAACGCGGUCACCCGGCAUCGCGGUGGAGAAGAAGCCCCCGGAUAAGCUCUUCCGCGACGCGUUCCCCUGCGGCGCUGCCGAGGCGCAGACAAAGGUGACUUUCCUCAUCGGAGAUUCCAUGUCACCCGACUCAGACAUCGAGCUCAGGAGCCAGGCAGUGGUGGAACAAAUCACCAGGCAUCACAGCCCGCCAGCGACGGAGGAGGGAGCGUCUGCUGAUCAGAACUGUGAAGCUAAACAAGCUGUUGAGGACCAAAAUAGAGACUGUGGGACAGCUGAACCCUUUCCUCCCGUUGCGAGUGAGCAUCAGAGCUGGAAUCCAAACCCGUACAACGCCGAGAGCAUGAGUCUGUUUGAUGAGUAUUUCACUGAUGACAGCUCAGUUGAAACCCGGACUGCUGACGAUAUUCCAGGGCAGGCAGCUCCGGACCUCCUUGCUCACAACAGUGGUUUAGAGUUCUCUAAAAAGCUCUGUACAAAGAGCAGCAAACCACCGAGUGAGUUUUGUAAGUUUAUGGACUCUGUUCGACAGGAGACCUACAAAAACUGCUUCAAUGAGCAGGACCAAAGAGAGAAAAUCUCUAUUCGUGUCCCCCAUGGGGACAGGGAAAACGUAGAGAAAAAAGUCGCCCCGGGAAUUGACUGGGACAUUCCAAGAAAUGAGAGUUCAGAUAGUGCCCUGGGUGACAGCGAGAGCGAGGACACCGGUCAUGAUCUAACGAGACUAAGCGGGAACUAUUAUGGAGGAGAGCAGGAAGACUGGGCAGAAGAAUAUGAGAUUCCCUUCCCUGGGUCAAAGCUAGUUGAAGUGAACUCUGUCCAGCCCAGUAUUGCCAAUUUUGGAAGAUCCUUGCUAGGUGGCUACUGCUCGUCUUAUGUCCCUGACUUUGUUUUGCAAGGAAUCGGAAGCGAUGAGAAGCUGAGGCACUGUUUGGUGUCAGAUUUGUCUCAUGCUGUGCAGCAUCCCGUCCUGGAUGAGCCGAUCGCGGAAGCCGUCUGCAUCAUUGCAGACACGGACAAAUGGACGGUGCAAGUGGCCAGUAGCCAGAGGCGAAUGAUUGACAACAAGCUGGGGAAGGAAGUGUUAGUGUCGAGUCUCGUCUCCAACCUGCUGCAUUCCACUCUUCAGCUUUACAAGCAUAACUUGUCUCCAAACUUUUGUGUUAUGCACCUGGAAGACCGGCUGCAGGAGCUCUACUUCAAAAGCAAGAUGCUGUCCGAGUAUCUGAAGGGCCAGAUGAGGGUUCACGUGAAGGAGCUGGGCAUGGUGCUGGGGAUUGAAUCCAGCGACCUCCCUUUGCUGGCAGCUGUAGCAAGCACUCACUCUCCUUACGUUGCCCAGAUACUACUUUAA